GCAGUCGUCGGCUGUGUCGGGAGCGCGCCCGCCCGCCCCUCAGCGGCCCGGCCCGGAGCCCGAGAGGCGCGCACCAUGAGUGGCGGCGAAGUGGUCUGCUCGGGAUGGCUCCGCAAGUCUCCCCCGGAGAAAAAGUUGAAGCGUUAUGCAUGGAAGAGGAGAUGGUUUGUGUUACGCAGUGGCCGUUUAACUGGAGAUCCAGAUGUCUUGGAAUAUUACAAAAAUGAUCAUGCCAAGAAGCCCAUACGAAUCAUUGAUUUAAAUCUAUGUCAGCAAGUCGAUGCUGGAUUGACAUUUAACAAAAAAGAGUUUGAAAACAGCUAUAUUUUUGAUAUCAACACUAUUGACCGGAUUUUCUACUUGGUAGCAGACAGUGAAGAGGAGAUGAAUAAGUGGGUGCGCUGUAUUUGUGACAUCUGUGGGUUUAAUCCUACAGAAGAAGAUCCUGUGAAGCCACCUGGCAGCUCCUUACAAGCCCCAGCUGAUUUACCUUUAGCUAUAAAUGCAGCCCCACCAUCCACCCAGGUGGAUUUAUCCUCUGCUGCUCUACCUCCUCCCUAUCAGCUACUCAACCCUCCACCACACCUGGAAACUCUUGGUAUCCAAGAGGAUCCUCAAGACUACCUCUUGCUAAUCAACUGUCAAAGCAAGAAGCCUGAACCCACCAGCCAAGGGUCAUCUUUUGUUUCUGAAGAAGGAGAGGAAUACCUACUACUAGAAGAUUUUGAAAGCAAAACGAUUCCAUUGCAAACGCAUGCUGAUUCUGCAAAAUCCACCUCUUCUGAAACAGACUGCAAUGAUAAUGUCCCUUCUCAUAAAAAUCCUGCUUCCUCCCAGAGCAAACAUGGAGUGAAUGGCUUUUUUCAGCAGCAGAUGAUGUACGACUCUCCACCUUCACGUGCUGCAUCUGUUUCUGUAGACUCCAGCCUUUAUAACCUGCCCAGGAGUUAUUCCCACGAUGUUCUACCAAAGGUGUCUCCAUCAAGUACUGAAGCAGAUGGAGAACUCUAUGUUUUUAAUACCCCAUCUGGGACGUCAAAUGUAGAGACUCAAAUGAGGCAUGUAUCUAUUAGUUAUGACAUUCCUCCAACACCUGGUAAUACUUAUCAGAUUCCACGAACAUUUCCAGAAGGAACCUUGGGACAGACGUCAAAGCUAGACAGUAUUCCAGAUAUUCCUCCACCUCGGCCACCGAAACCACAUUCAGCCCAUGACCGAUCUCCUGUGGAAACGUGUAGUAUCCCACGCACGGCCUCAGACACUGACAGUAGUUACUGUAUCCCUACAGCAGGGAUGCCGCCAUCACGUAGUAAUACCGUUUCCACUGUGGAUUUGAACAAAUUGCGAAAAGAUGCUAGUUCUCAAGACUGCUAUGAUAUUCCACGAACAUUUCCAAGUGAUAGAUCUAGUUCACUUGAAGGCUUCCAUAACCACUUUAAAAUCAAAAAUGUGUUGACAGUGGGAAGUGUAUCAAGUGAAGAACUGGAUGAAAAUUACGUCCCAAUGAAUCCAAACUCGCCACCACGACAACAUUCCAGCAGUUUUACAGAACCAAUUCAGGAAGCAAAUUAUGUGCCAAUGACUCCAGGGACAUUUGAUUUCUCUUCAUUUGGAAUGCAAGUUCCUCCUCCUGCUCAUAUGGGCUUCAGGUCCAGCCCAAAGACCCCUCCCAGAAGGCCUGUUCCUGUUGCAGACUGUGAACCACCCCCUGUGGAUAGGAACCUCAAGCCAGACAGAAAAGGUCAAAGUCCUAAAAUUUUAAGACCCAAACCCCAUGGUUUAGAGCGAACUGAUUCACAAACCAUAGGUGACUUUGCUACAAGAAGAAAGGCCAAGCCAGCACCUUUAGAAAUAAAACCUUUACCAGAAUGGGAAGAAUUACAAGCCCCAGUUAGAUCUCCCAUCACUCGGAGUUUUGCUAGAGACUCCUCUAGGUUUCCCAUGUCCCCCCGACCGGAUUCAGUGCAUAGCACAACUUCAAGCAGUGACUCACACGACAGUGAAGAGAAUUAUGUUCCCAUGAACCCAAACCUGCCCAGUGAAGAGCCAAAUCUUUUUGGCAGUAAUAGUCUUGAUGGAGGGAGCAGUCCUAUGAUCAAGCCCAAAGGAGACAAACAAGUGGAAUACCUAGAUCUAGAUUUAGAUUCUGGGAAAUCCACACCACCACGUAAACAAAAGAGCAGUGGCUCGGGCAGCAGUGUAGCAGAUGAGAGAGUGGAUUAUGUUGUGGUGGACCAACAGAAGACCCUGGCUCUAAAAAGCACCCGGGAAGCCUGGACAGACGGGAGACAGUCCACAGAAUCUGAAACACCAACCAAGAGUGUGAAAUGAAAAUACUGCUUUGCCGUUUCUGAGCAAAAGAGAACUGAAUUGUAAAGAUAAAUGCUAUUUGAAGGUGACUUGACACUUCUACUCUAGGUAGAUCCUCAGAUGAGUAGAGUUGAAGUCAAAGGACCUUUCAGACAUAAUCAAGCAAUUUAGACUGUAAAUGGUGCUUUAUGGUAUCAGAACAAGUCCUAACAUGUAAAUAAUGUGGGAAAAUAGUAUUGUUUAGCUCCCAAAGAAACAUUUGUUCCAUAGUUAACACACUUAUAGUAUUACUGUAUUUAUGCACUUUUUCGUUUAAAACAUCAGUUUUGGUAUUCCCAAUGUACCUUAACAUAAUUCCUUUGGGAGUUCCUGUUUUUCCUCACACUACUCUGUAUAACAAUACUAAGUUAACUAAGCUACUUUUAGAUUUGGAAAUUGCUGUUUAAACUAUAGUCUAACAACAUUAAAAUGAGAAGUAAGUUAACAAGUUAGCUUCCUAUCUGAAAUUUCAGGUGUUAACCAUUAUCUUAAACUACAGAGUAUAUAUAGUUGGACUCAUCAUUCAUUGCCUUCCAGAAUGCUGAGGAUAAUGUAUGAACGGGUGUCAGGACCUAGUUCUCUGGUUCAUGUACGUUUAGUUCUCUGGUUCAAGUACGUUUUAAUGGGGGACUUUGUGAUAUUUUGUUAAUUACAGUGUUUCGGGUUCAUUGAGUGAAGAUUCUGCCGGGUGGGAUCUUACACCUUUAGAUAAUGACACUCUCAAGUAAGCCUGCAAAUCAUUGAUGGCAUGCAGUGAUGAUGUGCUCUUCACUUGUUAAUAUGUAUUAAAUGUUAUUUGCAAAAGGUAGAUUAUAUAACUAAUCAGGUACGUACCGGGCACUGAUGUGCUGAUACACUGAUCAGGUUUAGACAAUGAGUUUUAGUUGUAUUCUUGUUAGUCCUAAAAUUGGUUUCCAGUUUGGAAUUACUGAAACAGUUGACAUUCACUGUUAGUUAUAGCAACAUACUGUGAUUUUUAAUUAGACAGUAAUUCAGAUUUAUUAAUCUAAGAAUGAAAUUCUAUCUUUUGACCACCAUAGUGCCCUAUGAUUUUUUUUUUCUACUUAAUAUUCUUUUUGGCCUUAUAUUUAAAACCCUAUGCAAUUAAUAUUUUAUAUCUGCAUUUUUUUUUUUAAAGUAGAUGAUAUACAAGUGAUUCUCAUGUAGCACCUGUUGCUUUUUCAGUAAAAGAAUUAAGGAUUUUGUACUGUGAUUUAUAUUCAGUGCCCCAAUUUAAGAAAUAUUGGAGCCUUGCUAUAAUGUGAAAUCUUAUAGUCAUGGACCCCUUUCAACUAGAUUUCUGAAACCACCAGAGGAAUGGUAUAAUUCUGUCUCACCUAUAACCUGGUCCUGUGACAUGGAUAUCAAGACCACAAAUUAUAGUGAGGCUACAAUUAUAUUCAUUUGUCUUAGCUUUGCAACAUAAUUUAGAAAGCAGGUAUAGUUAUUUGUUUUUUAACUAUUUACAUAAAAUCUUUUAUGUAUUGAUUUGAGAUUUACUAACAGCUUUUGGAGGGGGCUUAAAGAUAGGAGUGCCCACAGCGAAGGCAUGAUUCCCUCCGUUCAGACCUCUGUUUCCUGAGUACACAGAUGUGCCCUGAUUUCUGGCCUGUUACACACAGUACUGUCCUAAUCAAUGUAAUAGGUUUAUUUCCAUGGUCCACAGACUAAAAAUGUUCGUGACAAGAUGAAUUGUAGACUAGUAGCUAUUUGAUGCUUUCAAGUGUUUGCUUCUUUUUAAACAAAAACUAAAACCCAGAAGUGAAUUUUGAGGUGGUUUUUAAAUAAAAAGAUUGUUUCGGUUUGGUGUGCAAGCUGUUUUAUAAUGAAACCACAAAAUCUAAAAUCAUUGAAAUGUGCCUAAACUAUCAAAACACACAACACAGUUAUCUGGAGGAUGAACAUAUUUUGAA